UUCAAUAUGCCUAUUUAAUUAAUUUAAACAUUUCUUCUUUAAAGUUUGAUUUUUACAGUUCAGUGUUUAUGCACAUGCGGUUGUCAUAGUCACGCGACAUGGUCGCUAUGGAAACAGUAGCCACACAAACUUUGUAACGCGCUACGCUGCGAAUAAAAAACAUUUCUGAAGAUGGCAGCCAAAUACGACGUAGAUGAAUAUUACCUCGAGCAAGUUUUAAUUCCCGACGACUCCGAUGAUGAAUACAAAUAUGAGGAAGUUACUGUUGAGGACGAACUCAGCGUUACGCAGGGAGAAGAGGACUUGGAAACCGCGGUUAAAGCAUUUCGGGAUCGACUCGAUGCCACCGAAUGCGCAACGCCGAGGGUCACUUCAGCCAAGCUACCAGUUUCUACAAUACCCGAGGUGGUGGACGACUUUCUCCGCAAUUACCUGCUGAAAAUGGGUCUGGUAAGAACACUAGAUUGCUUCCAAACGGAGUGGUUUGAGAUGCUGCAGAAAGGCUCGCUGAAAACAGACCAUACGGAGCUUGUACCAGAUGCCUAUACACACAACCAGCUCCUAGACAACCAGUUAAAGAAUGUACAAAAAGAACGAGACAGCUACAAACAGGCUGCAUUUGAUGCUGGAGAGACCAUAGUGAAACUUCAGCGCGAGAGAGACUUCCAUAGGAUGCAGCACAAGCGUGUGCUUCAGGAGAAAAACAGGCUUAUUGAGGAUUUAAGAAAGCUGAAGAAGCACCACGCAUCUUAUGAGCCUGCUCUUAGACAACUGAAUGAGAAGUAUCAGACGGCUCUGAAACAGAAGAUGCUGGUUAGUCUGGAGAGGGACAGAGCUGUCAGCCAGGUCCAAAAUACAGAAGGCAGUCUUCGGAUUUCACAUUCUUCCCCAGGAACCCAAACAACGACAACAGAGAAAAUUCAGAAAAAAAUACCACUCUGUGACAUUGCGAGACACCCCAAAGACUCUGAAUUCCCAGCAAGCACUCGUGUCAAUCCCUACCUGCCACAAAUUACAACUCUUUCCUCCCUAAACACCAAAUCAUCCAACUUUUCGCUCUCAAAGUCUUUCAAAGCUCACACUAUGGCAGUGAGUUUCCUCGCGCUUCAUCCCCGAAAAAUGAUAGUAGCUUCCUCAAGCGAUGACCAGCUUUGGAGAUUAUGGGGAAUACCAAGCGGCGAGAUGGUCAUGACUGGUGAGGGUCACACCGAUUGGCUAUCUUCCUGUAGUUUCCAUCCCAGCGGUGGUUUAUUGGGUACAACAAGUGGCGACACCACAGUUAAGAUUUGGGACUUUGCUCAAGGACGAUGCGUGCUUAGCUUGGAAGGACACAUCCACGCCACCUGGAGCUGCUCCUUUCAUUCCUGUGGCGAUUUCGUGGCCUCGUGCUCUAUGGACAACACAGCCAAAGUAUGGGACUUGAACAGCGAGCGUUGUCGCUGCACACUGCGCGGACACGUCGACUCAGUGAACAGCAUUUAUUUCUUGCCUUACUCAAACAUUCUACUCACCUGCUCUGCAGACAAGACCCUCUCACUUUGGGAUGCCCGUGCUGGAUUGUGUGCUCAGACUUUCUACGGGCACAAGUAUUCUUGCAACCAUGCAACCUUCAAUGCCAUGGGUGACACGAUUGCAUCGUGCGACUCUUUUGGGGUGAUCAAAUUAUGGGAUGUGAGGAACGUAAUGGCUAUGGUGACCAUGGACACCGGACCUCAUCCGAGCAAUCAAGUGGCCUUUAAUCCAACUGGAAGAAUGCUGGCAGUUGCAAGUAAUGAUGGCUUUGUGAAAAUGGUGGAAAUUGCAUCUUUACAUGUGUCAAGUCUAAAAGGUCACGAGGAUGCAGUUCAGAGCGUCAUAUUUGAUCAUAAAGGGAAAUACCUUCUAUCGGCAGGAUCUGAUGGCGCAGUUCUAGUCUGGGCACAGCAAUAAGUAUUUGCAACAUUUGGGAGAUGGAUUAUAAGUGAAAAGACAUUCUGGUCUUACUGUUAUCAAUUAAUACAAAAUAAAAAUAAUAUUUGUUAAAUAAAUAUUUUUUUCAAUUGUCUACAAUUACAAAUGUUUGAACUGGG